GACGCAUUUUAACCACAUCCAUAUGGUUCUAGAUUAGAUGUGGGAAAUAAGAAAUCUGUGCUGCUAGCUAACAUUUCACAGCUGUUGCCAGCGACUGCAACGGCCGGAACAGACGCGGAACAGAAGUGCCGCUAGAUUCUAAACACUUUACGGAGAAAGUUUAUACCGUUAACGAUUCCUGCUGGUUGCUUUUUUUUGGACGUUUUGGACCAUGUCCUCGUCCAAAUAGCCGCGUUGGAGGUCGAGGAUGGCCGCGGACGUGGAUAAAACAAUCCCCAAGGAUGAGAGCAAAAUUUCACAGCGGAAUGGGCAUCUGAGUCCGGGCUCUGGAUCCUGGAUCUCCAGGGGGAUCUGGACGCUGCUCAUAGUCGCCGCUGUCCCUCUUCUCGCCUUCGGGAUCAAGUCUUAUCAAGAUGCCCAGCUCCUCCAACGUCACGAGGAGAGUGUUCGAACCCUGGGUGCAGAGGGCCUUUUUCUUUUCUCCUCCCUGGACACCGACCAUGAUCUUUACCUCAGUCCGGAGGAGUUUAGACCUAUCGUUGAGAAACUCACAGGAAUCACACCCCCGGUGGAUUUUGAGGAGGAAGAGACCCACGACCCCAAUGGAGAGACUUUGACAUUGGAGGCCAAAAUGCAGCCUCUGCUGCUCGACUCCAUGACAAAGAGCAAAGAUGGUUUCCUCGGGGUGUCUCACAGCUCUCUGAGUGGGCUGCGCUCAUGGAAGAGCCCAGCAGUGCCUUUUUCCUCCUUCUCUGCCACCCAGUUUAGGGCCCUCUUGCCCCCAAAGAACAAGGUGGGAGUGGGUGACACGUGGUGGGUGAUUCCUAGCGAGCUCAACAUCUUCACUGGGUACCUGCCCAACAAUCGCUACCACCCUCCCUCACCGAAGGGCAAAGAGGUUCUCAUCCACUCAUUGUUGAGUAUGUUCCACCCGCGGCCCUUCAUCAAAUCACGCUUUGCUCCUCAGGGCGCAGUUGCCUGCAUUCGCGCCAGCAAUGACUUUUAUUAUGACAUUGUGUUCAGGAUUCAUGCAGAAUUUCAGCUCAAUGAUGUUCCAGACUUUCCCUUCUGGUUCACCCCGGGGAAGUUCACCGGCCACAUUGUUCUCUCUAAAGACGCAUCUCAUGUCCGUAACUUUCACCUCUACGUCCCCAAUGACAGGUCUCUGAAUGUGGACAUGGAGUGGCUGUAUGGGGCCAGCGAGAGCAGCAACAUGGAGGUGGACAUCGGAUAUCUGCCACAGUUGGAGCUACAGUCCACGGGCCCGUCCACUCCCUCCAUCAUCAUGGACGAGUCGGGCAACAUCAUCGACAAUCGAGACGGCGGCGAUGAGCCGAUCCAGUUCGUCUUCGAGGACAUCCACUGGACCUCAGAGAUAAGUCGGCAAGAAGCCACCCGACGCCUCGAGGUCACCCUCUACCCCUUCAAGAAGGUGUCCUACCUGCCUUUCUCAGAAGCCUUUGAGCGAGCUGAAGCAGAAAAUAAACUGGUGCAUUCCAUUCUGCUUUGGGGGGCAUUAGACGACCAGUCCUGCUGAGGUUCGGGGCGAACUCUCCGGGAGACAGUCCUGGAAAGUUCGCCCGUCCUGGCCCUGCUCAACCAGAGCUUCAUAAGCAGCUGGUCUCUGGUCAGAGAGCUGGAGAACAUGCAGGCUGAUGAGCAGAACCCCGUGUUGAGUGAAAAGGCCCGGUUACACCUGGAGAAGUACAACUUCCCUGUGGAGAUGAUGGUGGCAAUGCCCAAUGGAACUAUUGUCCACCACAUCAAUGCCAACUUCUUCCUGGACGAGACGGCCAUGAAACCAGAGGAGGAAGGAGCAACUUUCAGCUUUUCUGGUGGGUUUGAGGACCCCUCUACAUCCACUUAUAUCAGCUUCCUCAAGGAGGGGUUGGAGAAAGCCAAGGAGUACCUGGCACAGUAAUUUGUGCGUGCGAUAGAGCAUGAGAGACUAAGAGGGAGGAAAUGAUCGUCAUUCCUCUGGGUAAUGAUCAAAGAUAAGUAAAAGCCUCCAGCAAUUCUGUAGAGAAGCUUUCUCAUCAGUGUUGGCGGCUGCAAAAAUAUAUCCUCUUUGUUGCUAUUUAUUUGGGCGUCUCUCUCAUCAUAUCCAGUGACAAACAUAACAGGGAAAUAUUGCUUCUCAAACCUAAUGAUACUGUCAAUAUCGUAUAUAUUUUACUGCGAUACAAAGCAGUAACAGAUGUUAACACACUCAGAUCAGCUCUCUGUAGCUGCUGAUUAAAGUUUAUAUCAAAUGUAGACAGAAGCUCAUCAUAACACACCGAAAAUCCUAUAUUUCUUCUUUUACAUCCCAGUGUCUCAUGUGCAAUAUUUAAUGACUUGAGUGUGGUUUCCUGCUGCUGAGCGUACCCAGAAGCAGAGGGGGGGCUGGUGCAGCUGUUGCCUUUAGUUGUGUUUCAGCAGUUUGUGAAGACGUUGCCUGAAAGCUCUCUUCUGGGCCGGGCGACGCCUGAUGUUAUUGCUGAGGCUGCUGGAGGGAACACCCCUCUCUGACUCAGGGGACAAAAGCAGCAGGAAAAACUAAACUGGGGUGUGGAAAAUAAAACUAUUAAUUCUGUUUUUUAUAAUUUUGAAACCAAAUGUUAAAUAUUUGGAAGAAUUGUAUUUUUUCUUUUUUUGAGGAAGUUGUAACCACACCAAAGAGCAUCGUUUUUAAUAUGUACAGAAGCUGGCCUGCAGCUAGAACAGCUGUCGAGGUUCAUAUUUAUAUAACUAAAUGGAACCAAAUGGUGUACUGCUGUUUUUCCGCUUUAAGGAUCCACUCAAAACAAUGUAUUUGCUCAUGACUUUAGCUAGACAAGAUGAAA